UACAGUGAUAGUACAAUAUAAGCUGUUUGGAACUCUCCAUUGAUAUUCUUUUCGGAGGUAGAAAAAUUGCAAGAUGGCAGGCAUGAAUCAAAACAAUCAUGAAAAUCCUGCAAAUGUCUUUGUUUUUGGUCAGCCAGACAGCACCGAGCGCAUCAUUGGGAUGCUGGAUGAAGUAGAAAGGAGAGUGGAGGCUCUGAGAAUCCAGGCCCAAGGCAUGGAGAAGGAAAGAAAUGGUUUGAUAGAAGCCCUGAGCUACAUCAAACACACUGGCAGUUAUCUUGUGGAUGCUUCACCAGUUGACAAAGAAGACAUCAAGGUGAAUGUAGACCGACUAGAAAGACGAUGUACAAGUGUUGAGAUAAAUGUCACCACUCCAAGAAAUGCAACUCAAAUGAGAGCUCUCACUGACGCAAACAAAAUACUCGAUGAAGUUGCGUGUCAACUUAAGCAAAGUGUUGCACACGGAAGAAACCUCAUACUGCCAUAUCUGAACGCCUGCCAACCUGAUGUUCAACCAUCAAGUCCUGUUGACCAAAGGUUUCAAUCACUGCUGAUCGAAUGUACCGGGGAUGAUCAGAAAAAGAUUAGAGACGGUUUGUGCGUUUGGAAAAGUAAAUUGGAACGAGCUGAAGUUAAUCUGUAGACACUUCAAAGGCGAAUCAUGAAGCAGCUGUCCCAGAUAGUUAAAGUUAAUGAGUCUCAAAUCAAUCUGCCUCCCAACCCCAAACCUGUCGCCCAUACUAUUUUUGUGAAGACAUUGGCAUUCAAUUGAAUUUGCAAAGAUCACUGCCAGUUCUUAAUAGAUAUACAUUGGUGCUUGUUGACUUAAUCGAAAUUCCCCCCCCCCCCCGAAGUAUUCUGUUCAAGAGACUCUGUUAGAGUAAAUAAUAUCUCUUUCAUGAAACUUCAAUUAUUUGCGCAAGGAGCAUAGGCAAUUUGCCUUUCCAUGAAGGACAAUAUGGAAAUUUGUUCUCAUUGUGAUCCAAUUCUUAAAUUCUGUAUAAAAUGUUCCAUCUAAUUCGGAAAACAAAGAAUAAAAAAAAAAAUAUAAAUUUUGUAAUUAAUAA